AUGCCAAAAAAUUUAACUAAAUUUAAUACAGGUUGGCUUAGUCGAGUCGAUUGCAAUAACGAUCCGGUGAAAUCGUGGUUAAAAAGUGGUUCAAAAGAAUCAACUUUUAAAUGUAGUGUAUGUCAAACAACUGAUCUCGAUUGUGGAAAUCAAGGUUGGAAAGCAAUCGAACAACAUAUGAAAAAUUCUAAACAUAUACAAAAGUUUAAUCAAUGGAAAAAAAAUACGAAAUUUACUGUUUUAUCUGAACCAUCAUCAUCACGUCCUGCUAAUGAAUCAACAUCUAAUUUUACCUCUAUUGCAUUUUUGGAGAAAAACAACAACAAAGAUAAACCUCUAAGUUUAGAAGAUCAAAUAACAAAAGCUGAAAUUCUUUGGUCUUUAAAUGUUGCUCAAAAAGGAUUUAGCUACAACUCUUGUGAUGAAUUAAAUGAAUUAUUCUCUUUAAUGUUUCCUGAUUCUUCUAUUGCUAAAAAAUUUAGUAUUCAAUCCGACAAGAUGUCUUAUGUCAUUUCACAUGGUUUAGGACCUUAUUUUAAAAAAAAAAUGAUUGAAGAUGUUAAAAAAGCUGAUAAAUUUGUACUUAUAUUUGACGAACAAACUAAUAAUCAAAAUAAAAAGCAAUUGGAUAUGUUUUUUAGAUAUUGGUGCAAUGAAAAACAAAAGGUUGUAAAUAGAUUUUACAAAUCAGUUAUAUUAGGUCAUGCAUAUGCUACAACAAUUCGUGAUAUUAUUCUUGAAUCAUUUGCUACUGAUGGAUUAAAUUUAAAUCAGCUCCUUAUGCUUGGCAGAGAUAAUCCAAAUGUUAAUAUUUCACUUGAAAAUUUGAUAAAUAUGGAAAUGAAAAAACAAGGAGGGUGUUUAUUGAGAAUUGGUGGUUGCACCAUUCAUACGGUGCACAACGCUUUUAGAAGUGGUAUGGUAUCGUCAAAAUGGUAUGUGGAUAGUUUUUGUUUGGAUCUAUAUUCUUGGUUUAAAUGUUCACCAGCUCGGAAGGAAGAUUUUCAAAAUGUAGUGGACGAUAUUGAUUCUGCGUUAGAAAAAACAAUUUUAUAUUUUUGUGUUACAAGAUGGGUUUUAAUGGGAAAAGUUGUUGAUCGAAUUUUAAUUCAAUGGGAAGUUAUUUCUGAUUAUUUUCUUCGAUUUUUACCUGAAAAACAACCUUCUCAAAUCCAGAAAAAUAAACGUUAUGAUAAUAUCAAAUCAAUUUUAUCAUCAAAUUUAUCAAAAGUUAAACUUAAUUUUGUUUUGUUUUUAUGUCAAAAUAUAUUCGAUCGUUUUUUAACAUUCUUUCAAUGUGAAGAACCUUUGAUUCAUUUAUUAUAUAAAGAACUUACUGAAUUAUAUCGAAAUGUUCUUUUGGCAUUCUUAAAACCAGAUUCUGUUCAACAAAAGUCUGGACAAGAAUUGUUAAAAAUUGAUCUUGAGCAAUCUGCUAUAUGGGUUGCAGAUAAAGAAAUUAGAAUUGGUGAACAGACAAAAAAAUUAAUAUCAUCACUUAAUUUCGAUGAAAAAAAAUCUUUUUAUGAAGAUGUUCGAAAGAUUUAUAAAGCAAUUGCUGCUUAUAUGAAGAAAAACCUUCGCAAUUUGAUUUAA